UUUUCAUUCUUAACUAGAAUCGCAACAAAUAUGCGUGUAUUUUAUUUUGACACACAAAAUAACGAUUAUUGUCAUUUUAUCUGGAUAAAUAGGUCAUGUUUUUUUUAUUAUCCUAAGUUUAUUUAUAUUCACACACUGGAUAUCAAAUUCUUGCGGGCGUUUUGAGGAAGGAAGAGAAAACCAUAAUUAUCCUAAAAUAGAGCAACACUAUUGGAAUUAAUUCUAACAGGCACAGCUGUUGACAUGAUGGGAUGCUGUUUUGUGCUCACUCUGUUCGGUUUGCUCCUUCUUGGUGUUUUUGGUGAUGAUGUGGUGACAGUGAUGGAGGGAGAUUCAGUCACUCUACACACUGAUAUCACUAAAAAAGAGCAUGACAAGUUGCUGUGGUAUUUUGAAGACACUCGCAUAGCUCUGAUCAAUGGACGUCCCAAUACAAGCUGCUUAUAUGAUGGUGAAGGCGGGAGAUUCAGAGACAGACUGAAGGUGGACUAUGAGACUGGAUCUCUGACCAUCACUGACAUCAGAUCUGAACACACUGGACGUUAUGAAGCAGAGAUCAUCAGAAGCGAGAGUUCAGGAAAAAGGCAAAGCUUAAACAGAAACCGCAAGUGCGACAGCACAAAAAUCACCAAAAAAAUCAGCAUCACUCAUGAUGACACCAUAAAAACUUUCAAUAUGAUCGUGACUUCUGCUCUGUCUGAUCAAGUCAGAACUGAUGGAGAGCCCCGUAUGGAGAAGAGGGAGUUUGACUUGAAUUCAGGUCUGUCUUCAGCUGCUGUAGCAGGAAUAUGUGCUGCUGCUGUUCUGCUGCUGGUGACUGCUGUAGCUGCUGCUGCUGUGAUUUACUAUCGCCACAAGAGCUCCAAAAAUGAAAGGGAGAAAAACAUGUAUAAAGGAUUGUCCGUAGAUGAGACGAUCCCAAAUGUGUGAUUAUAAGAU